GUUGGCCACGGAGUUUUACUGUUAAGAGUCGUUCUCUGCGUCUCUCUGCUGUAUAGUCGUUAUCAAUCCAUGGCGAGGAGGAGUCUCCUUUCAGCACCUCCUCCUCCUCCUCCUUUGGUAGAUUUUGGGAGCAGGAUCACCCCCAGCAUCCUUUUGAUCAUAGUAAUCUUGGCCAUCAUCUUCUUCGUCUCCGGUCUCCUUCACCUCUUCGUGAGGUACUUCCUGAGGCACAGCAACAGGAGCCCGGACGAAACGGAGCAUGCCACGGCCUUCCAGGGCGAGCUGCAGCAGCUCUUCCACCUCCACGACGCUGGCGUCGAUCAAUCCUUCAUUGACGCCCUCCCCGUCUUCCAGUACAAGUCCAUCGCCGGCGUCAAGGACCCUUUCGACUGCGCCGUCUGCCUUUGCGAGUUCGAGGCAGACGACAAGCUCCGGCUUCUCCCCAAGUGUAGCCACGCGUUCCACGUCCAGUGCAUCGACGCCUGGCUUUUGUCCCACUCCACUUGCCCGCUGUGCAGGGCGAGCCUCCUCCAUGACUUGUCGCCCGGACGUAGCAGCAGCCCCAUGGUGCUCGUUCUUGAAUCCGGCGGGGAGAGCAGCUCCAGGGAGAAUAGUUUUAGUUCCCAGAGAAGGGAAUCCGUCUCAAUUGACGAUGUUGGGGAUGAAACUGCGGCGAAGAUGGAGGAGAUCGAUGUGGCUGUGAAGCUUGGAAAAUUCAGGAGCGUGGAGAUAAGCGGAAGUGGAACCCAAGAAGGCGGCGUCAGCAGCAGCAGGGAAGUGGACCAAAGGAGGUGUUUUUCCAUGGGGACGUUCGAGUACGUAAUGGAGGAGAGGUCUACCCUCAGGGUUUCCGUCAAGCCAGUCAAGAGCACCGCGAGCUUCAAGAAUCCCGGGGGCCGAAGCGCGAGGUCGGAGUACGACUGCAACUCCAGAAGAGAAGGAUUCAAUGGCUUCCAUGCGGCGAUAAUCUCAAGAGGCGAUGAACAGCAUGCACACAAGUUGCAUGAUGGUUUGCCGAAAAGAGAGAGCUUCUCAGUGUCCAAGAUAUGGUUGCGGCAGAGAAAGGAGGAAGCGGAAGCAAGGAGGGCAGUGUCAUUUAGAUUGCCUGUGAUUCAAAGUGGAAAAGCAGACCUUAAGCUGAAGCAGAGCAGCAGCCCAUCGUCCAUGGCUGAGCUCGAUGAUUCCAAAUGGCGGAGUAAGAACGGGAACGAACUGGAAUUGGAUUCAGAUGUGGAGGCUGGUGGCUUCCACGAUGGAGCAGUGUCGAGGGCAGAUGAAACACCUUCAUUUGCAAGGAGAACUCUGCUCUGGAUUACAGGAAGGCAGAACAAGGUAGAUAAUUGCGUUUGAUUUGAUUGACAUUUCUGUUCUGGAUCCUAGUUCUCUGAACUGCUGCGUCUAGAGAAAAUUGUUGGUGUAAAGGUGGACAUGAAGUAUAGAUCAAUUUAUUUACACUUCUUUCAUUUCUGAUCUCUUUCUUGCUUCGAGAUUUAUCAGUUUCAUUCUUCCAUCUUGGUCAAAGUGU